ACGCCGGGUAGUGGCCUCCCCUUUAUUCCACCAGAUUCUUGCCAACCUCUGCGUUGCUUGUCGCUCUCUCUUCUUGGACACUACUACUGCCCUCACCGCGCACCUUCUCUCGUUGCCGCAUCGUGCGUCGUGCUUCCACCCCUUCUCACACUCGCUUGCAAGCUCCACCGCGUCAACAUCCAUUGACAACGCGAGCGGAUUUGUCGACUUACAUUUCUUCCCACCCGUCCGCGUUUCACCAACAGCAGCAGUAACACGUCCGAGUCUUCCGCACCGCGGUAAAUCACACACACAAUGGCCUUCAGGUACAUCGUGCCGGCUUUGGCCGUUGCAGGCAGCGCGUUCGCACAAUGCGGAGAGGAGGGCGCCACCACCACCAUCCAGAGCGCUGCCGACGCGACCGGUCUGUCCGGCUGCUCGACCUACUCCGGCAGCAUUGCCAUCUCCACCAGCACGACCGACAACAUUGACUUGGCCGGCAUUUCGCGCAUCGAUGGCUCCCUCAUCGCCGACAACGUUACCGGCAUUGUGCAGCUGGGUGCUUCCGACCUCGAGGAGAUUGGCCAGAAUUUCGACCUCAAUGGUUUGACAAUUCUGUCUACCCUCAGCUUCCCGAGACUGGCCAAGGUUGACACCAUCAACUGGAUCGCUCUGCCUGCUCUUCAAGGCCUCACCUUCUCGACAACCGGUGUCCAAGAAGUCAACAUGCUCCGAAUUGACAACACCGAACUCGGAUCUCUCGACGGUAUCAACCUCCAGGUCGCCGAUACCAUCUACAUCGCCAACAACCGCUUCCUCAACUCUGUCAACAUGCAGCUCGGCAACGUCACUGAGGCCAUGACCUUCACCAACAACGGUGAGGACCUUGUUGCUGAAUUCCCCAACCUGGAGUGGGCCAACAACAUCACCAUCCGCAACCUGUCCUCCGUGUCCAUGCCAUCUCUCGCAUCUGUGAACGGUUCUCUCGGCUUCUACGGCAACACCUUCGAGAACUUCUCUUCUCCAAACCUCACCAGCGUCGGUGGCUCGCUUGCUUUCGUCAGCAACGACCAGCUCAAUAACAUCACUCUGCCAGAGUUGACCACUAUCAGCGGAGGCUUCCAGAUCGCCAACAACACCAACUUGGAGACCAUCAACGGCUUCCCUAAGCUCGCCACUGUUGGCGGUGCUCUUGACUUCACUGGAUCUUUCUCUGGUGUCGAGAUUCCUGCCCUCGAGGAUGUCCGUGGUGCCUUCACUCUCCUGUCCAACCAGGACAUCCAGGAGGUGUGCUCCAACUUCCAAGGUCAAGCUGGCAGCGCUAGGGCCAUCAAGGGUACUUUCACCUGCAGGGGUAACACAGAUCCUAAGGACGGCAGUGCGACCGGCUCUGGCUCUGGCAGCAGUUCUUCGGACAGCGCUGCCAGCCCGCUCCUCAUUCCAGGUGCUACUGGUGUCCUCGGUGUUGUCGCUGCCAUCUUUGGCCUGCUCUAAGCGCGACGCCCAUCGUAACUGGCAAGAUUUGUUUUCUGCUUAGAGGCGGCGUUGUAGCGUGGUAUCGCUCCUUGGGGCUCAUUUGAACAGUUCGGCCUGCAUUGCAUAGACUAAUCGUAUCGUUUACGCACCCAAAACAUGAUACUGCAUACACGUCACCACUCUCUCACGACCCGAUGACUUGUUUCUUCAGCGAGCAUGCGUAGCACGGCACAGAAAAGCAAAAGAUGUACCUUGAGAACCCAGGCUGUUGCGAAACGGAACGAUGGACGAACUUACAACUAAGAGUAAUCGUGGUGGAUGGAAAGAAAUGAUAGCCAGCUAUAGACAUGGCUGCGCUUGGGUAUGGAGUUCGCGCGGUCCAAUGUUCAGUGACAUCGCAAUUGUCCUUUACGGUGCACACGAGUAGAUUAAUACAUGGUUUUUGAUUGACACACUACCACCGCCCUUCGUCGUAAGAGAACCAAGAACGACAUAUUUAUGAAACGCUGGAUAGAGUUUGUGUCCCUG